CCACACACCGCCUGUUUGGUGACGUCACGAAGGGCGGGCGAGCAUUCCUGCUGUCUACUUUUGUCUCUACGUGGAGGAGGCAGGACUGCAAACUGGACGCUGUCUGGAAUUUAAGGCGCACCAACAUCACACCUUUCUUUGACUGACCACCUCAGGUCAAUCUCAGAAAAAUGUCUGCAAAGCUAACACAAGAAGAAAGGGAGGAGAUAAGACAGAUAUUUGAAAGUUACGAUAAGAACGGAGAUGGGAAUAUCUCUAAACAAGAGCUUGGUGACCUUCUUAAAGACAUCGGCCAUCCGCUGCCAGGAUUCAGGCUUCGAGAGCUCAUCCAGAAGCUCGAUACGGACAAUGAUGAAAAGCUAAACUUUAACGAGUUUACCUCGAUUGUUGAUGAACUGAAGGCCGGCCAGAUAUCCAAGUCUUUCCGCAAGGCCAUCAACAGAAAGGAAGGCAUCCUAGCUAUUGGAGGGACGUCUGAGCUGUCAAGUGAAGGCACACAACAUUCGUUCUCUGAGGAGGAGCGAUAUGCCUUUGUGAACUGGAUCAACACCGCUCUGGAAAAAGACCCUGACUGCCAACAUGUUCUGCCCAUGGAUCCCAACACAAACGCCCUCUUCACAUGUGUUGGAGACGGUAUCGUACUCUGCAAAAUGAUCAACCUGUCAGUGCCUGACACGAUUGAUGAGAGGACCAUAAAUAAGAAGAAGCUGACUCCUUUCACAAUACAGGAGAAUCUUAACCUGGCCCUGAACUCUGCUUCAGCUAUUGGGUGCCAUGUGGUGAACAUCGGUGCUUUAGACCUGAGAGAAGGGAAGCCCCAUCUGGUGUUGGGCCUGCUGUGGCAGAUCAUCAAGAUCGGUCUCUUUGCUGACAUUGAGCUCAGCAGAAAUGAAGCACUGGCGGCAUUGCUGAGGGAUGGGGAAACUCUCGAGGACCUGAUGAAGCUGUCACCAGAAGAACUGCUGUUACGCUGGGCAAACUUUCACCUGGAAAAUGCUGGCCAGAAGAAGAUCAACAACUUCAGCUCUGACAUUAAAGAUUCAAGAGCCUAUUUCCACCUUCUGAAUCAAAUCUCUCCAAAAGGCACAGAUGAGGAUAAGCCACGCAUAGACAUCAACAUGGCAGGAAUCAAUGAGAAAGACGACAUGAAGAGGGCGGAUGCCAUGCUGCUGCAGGCUGACAGACUCGGCUGUCGGCAGUUUGUCACCCCAGCUGACGUUGUCAGUGGAAACCCCAAACUCAACCUUGCUUUCGUGGCCAAUCUGUUUAAUAAAUAUCCAGCACUGACCAAACCUGAGAAUGAGGAUAUUGACUGGGGACUGUUGGAAGGUGAGACGAGAGAAGAGAGGACGUUCCGAAACUGGAUGAACUCCCUGGGAGUGAACCCACAUGUGAAUCACCUGUAUGGAGACCUACAGGACGCCCUGGUCAUCCUUCAGCUCUAUGAUAAGAUUAAAGUGCCGGUUGACUGGAACAACAAGGUCAACAAGCCACCAUACCCCAAACUGGGAACCAACAUGAAAAAGCUGGAGAAUUGUAACUAUGCAGUGGAACUGGGCAAAACGGCCAAGUUCUCCCUCGUUGGCAUCGGCGGGCAGGACCUGAAUGAUGGCAAUGCUACCUUGACUCUAGCACUGGUGUGGCAGUUGAUGAGAAGAUAUACGCUGAAUGUACUGGAGGACCUUGGUGAUGGAGAGAAAGUAAAUGAUGACAUCAUUGUACGCUGGGUGAACAAAACAUUGGCAGAGGCUGGAAAAUCAGCCAAGAUUUCAAGUUUUAAGGACAGGGAGAUCAGCAGCAGUUUGGCAGUACUGGAACUCAUAGACGCCAUCCAGCCUGGCAGCAUUGACUAUGAUCUGAUCAAAACUGGCAACCUCUCUGAAGACGACAAGCUGGAGAAUGCCAAAUAUGCCAUUUCCAUGGCGAGGAAGAUUGGAGCCCGCGUCUACGCUCUCCCAGAAGACCUCGUGGAGGUCAAGCCCAAAAUGGUGAUGACUGUCUUUGCCUGCUUGAUGGGUCGGGGGAUGAAACGAGUCUAACUAGCUGGAAUCAUUGUGACAAUUACUCAUACCCACAGGCCAUUAGCAUUUUGAGAGAGCUGCCCCAUUUGAAGGAAUUAAGUUUUUUUUUUCUCGUGUGUCAGAAUCAUACAUUUGCAUGUGUCCCUGCAUCUUCUGAUUAAUAGAGGUGUUUUCUGAAGAAUAAUGUGCUUUCAUCUUAUUUAAAGUGAGGCUGCAAAACUAAAAUUUCUAAAGACUUUGAUCAUCUUUACAGUUUCAGUAUGCAGAACUCUUAACGUGUAAGAAUGCUGUUUUGUUUUGUGUUUUUUAAGCGAGCGUGCCUAUUUGCAGCUGCAAGGUUGUUUACAUAUUUUUACUCAGCUUGAUAAGUAAAUUAUAGCCUUGAGUAAGCAAAACACAUUCCCAAAUACCAUAGUUAUGAAUAAAUGCUUGGUAAAUGUUUGGGAAGAGGGAGGGGGAAUAAAAAGAGAAGAGGCGUUUAAGUGCAGCACAUGUCAGACAACCCAUUUCCUCUCACUUGAUGAAGUAAAAUCAUGGCCUAAACUGGCAUCUUAACUGGCAACAUAAACGUCUACAUAUCCAUAUACAGAAGCCAUAAGGUCUGAUCAUAGUAAAGACCAUGGUGAUGUGCUAUCUGUAUUCUUGUACUCGUCAUUUGUUUGUUUAUUGGGAUCAUUAUGCGAUGUAAAUGCUGUUCUUUGGGUGUUUCUGGUCUUAGUUGUAUUGGGUUUUUGUUUGUUUUGUUUGUUUUGUUUUUUAAAGUAUCUGUUACGUUGGAUGAAGAGCAGGCUGACUGGAUUCUCCUGGCUUCUGCUGUGCCUUCUUGUCUCAAAGACAACUUGCACUCAUGCUUUGAGUUUUUCCUUUCCUUUUGUAUUCACUGUUACCAAAUAUAAAUUGCAACUUCAUUCCAGGUAGCUUUAUGAUACUCUAUGACAAUGGCCAGAUUGUAUUUGGUCUCGUGUUCAUGUCUAUUCUGAAGGGCUUUACAUGCAACAAUAAAUAUGCCUUGGAAAACCA